AUGCCUCAAACGGAUGCCAAUGGCUCAAUCAAGCCCCAUCCAUCAAAUCCCACCCCCAAGGCCGCUUCGAAGCCCAGGUCACCAUUCGACAUAGACAACUACCUCAAUCCCUGGAUUCCUCGCAAUCCUUUGCGAUUCCUGCCUCCCUGGAUUUCGUACUGGUUCGGCUACCGCACCCCUUCGUCCACCAUCGCACAUCACCCGUGUCUCUGUUUCCUCCCCAAGUCGUACCUUGAAUACUUCCACCCGUCGGAAUGGUUCUAUACCUACCACCUCCACACCUUCUUUCUCUACCUGUCGAUCCUAGUCGGUGCCUUCUGUGGCGUCGCCAUCAUCGAAAAUGUCUUCCUCGCCCUUCCCCAGUUGUCGGGACACACGGUACCCAUCGUCAUCGCGUCAUUCGGUGCUGCAGCCAUCUUGGAGUACAAUACCAUUGAAUCACCGCUGGCCCAGCCGAGAAACCUGAUUUUCGGACACUUCUUAGCAGCCGUCAUUGGAGUGGGCAUCACCAAGCUAUUUUUGUUGCUGCCGCCAGACCGAUUCGAAGAGCAGAGGUGGGCCGCCGGCGCGCUCGCGGUCGGAUGCGCAUCCAUUGUAAUGAGCUUCACCAAAACCAUCCACCCACCCGCGGGCGCCACUGCGCUACUGGCGGCGACGAACCAGGAGAUCCAAGACUUGGGAUGGUGGCUAUUGCCCCUCGUGCUGCUGGCGGCUAUGUUGAUGCUGGCCAGCGCGCUUGUGGUGAACAAUCUCUCCGGGAGACGCUACCCGGUGUACUGGUGGACGCCGGUCGAUCUGAAACACCUCAGGGAACAGAGGAGGCAAACGAGGCUGGCGAGGAAGUUGGAGACUGAAGGGCUUGGAGGGGAUGUCGAGACGGGCACCAAACGGCGAUCGUUGCCUGGCGGGGCGGACAGCGAGGACCUCUCAGACACCACUACCGAGGGAGGCGGCGCUGACAGCUACGGACACGGGUCAUCGCCCGAGAUCAUGCGGACUCUGAGUCGCGCGGUGACCUAUUCGUCGACCGACAGGGUUCCUCGACUAGUCGGCACCGAGACACACCAAUCCAUGACGGCGCGGCAGAAAUCCAGGGAGGAGAGAGAACUCGGCGAGGAGGUCGUCGAGGGCGAGAGCAUCUUCAUCUCCAAGGACCGCAUGAUCGUGCCCGAGUGGCUCGACCUGAGCGAUUGGGAAGACGAGGUUCUCCGGAUCCUGAUGGUGCGGAUGAAGGAGCAUCAUUCGUCGUCGUCGUCAUAA